CGGGCUGGAUCCGCGCGUGCGCAAAGAGAGCGCGCUCCAGGGUCUGCACGCGAGUCUCCACGCGGUGAGGGCGACAUGGAGGCUUCGGCUUCUACCCCGCCGUCAACUUCAACCGAGACUUCAGCUUCGACUCCAGAGACCCCGGCCGGCCCGGAGCAGCUGGACGAAGAGCAGGUUAAGAAGGCAGUGGAGGCUCUGUUGGCACAUUCCAGAUCCAGGAAAAACGCGAAAGGAUUACUUCUGAAUGAGAAUGAAAAUUUCUUUUUAAUGGUGGUAUUAUGGAAAAUUCCAAGUAAAGAACUGAGAGUCAGAUUGUCUUUGCCUCAUGGUAUUCGAUCAGAUUUAGCAGAUGUUUGUUUAUUUACCAAAGAUGAACCCAAUUUAAGCUCUGAACAGACAGAGCGUUUUUAUAAGAAGCUUCUAAACAAGCAUGGGAUCAAAACCAUUUCUCAGAUUAUCCCCCUCCGAACUUUAAAAAAGGAAUAUAAAGCCUAUGAAGCCAAGCUCCGCCUCUUGGGUAGUUUUGACUUCUUCAUUACAGAUGCCAGAAUCAGGCGGCUGUUGCCCUCACAUCUGGGGAGGCAUUUCUACAACAGAAAGAAGGUUCCAGUAUCUGUAAACCUUCAGUCCAAGACUUUAUCUAGAGAGAUCAACGACUGCAUUGGGGGAACGGUCUUAAACAUCUCUAAGAGCGGCUCUUGCAGCACUAUCCGCAUUGGUCACACGGGGAUGCCGACUGAGCACAUCGUUGAAAAUGUCGUUGCUGUUGCAGAAAGGCUCUCGCAGAAACUGCCAGAGAAGUGGGAGAGCGUGAAGCUCUUGUUCGUGAAGACUGAGCGGUCAGUGUCCCUGCCUGUCUUCUCGUCCUUUGUCAGCUGUCAGGGCGAAGCCCAGGGACUCCGCGCACGAGACCUGUUGAAAAAGGUAUCAAAGAAAAGCCGAAAGAAGAAGUCAAGAGCUCUUAAAAGACAGCAGGAGAAGAAAGAGAAGAAGCUUCUGAAGCAGGCUAGAAAGGCCAAACCUGCCCCGACGACAGACGCGGCGGCUCCCAAAACUGGGGGUGCUCCAGCCCAGGACCCUACACCCCAGAAGGAGACUGGUGGGGUGAGCGCCCUGCCUAAAGCACAGGGCGAUUCUGAAGAUGAAAUCCCAUUGCUGGUGCCAUUGAAGGAAACUCCAGCUGCAGGAAGCACCAAGAUACAAAAAGCUGCCGCAGGAAAGAAGUCUCCAAGAAAGAGCCCUGGUCCCAACACAGCCCGUGGGAAGAAGAGAAAGGCCUCCCCAGCCCUGGAGACCCCAGGAGCUGCGAAGGCCAAGACCCCAGGGAAAGGCCCAGAGGGGGCCAGAGUCAAAGAAGAGGCGGCGAAAGAAAGAAACUCUUCACUGGGCAGUAAAGACCCAAGACAGACUCCCGAGAAGCCAGAGGCCAAGCUCUUCGCUGCUGCUAGUAAAUCUGCGAAAAAAGCCCCCCGAACCCUGACACAGCGACCCAAAAAACCCAAAGUACGCAAGGCAACCUAAAAUCAGAGACUUAACCAGCAGGAAAUUCAGCUAUCCAAAGAGCUUGUAAAAAAAUGCCUGGGUUCUAACUCUGACUCCUGCUGCAACCUCAGACUGAGGCCUACCUAGACUUCAGUAUAUUUUUUAAUACAUCCACAAAUAAUUCUGAUCCAUAUUCGUGGGUGUAUAAGAACCAGUAGUUGAAAGUAAGUCCAUUUAUUUUGUUGUUGUUCUGUGUAUUUACUAAUAUAAUAGAGGGAAAAUACAGUGCUUCUUCGUGGUUGUGUUUUUUAUUAUUAUUAAAGUGUCACAUUUGUUUCACGAUACACUGUUGGCAUUCCAUAUCUUGUUGGUGUUUUAUUUGAAUGCCUGUGAGAUAAUUCUUUUCUUCA